AUGGGAAUAUCUUCCGUAAGAGUACAUUUGGGGUUUAAUCGAAAUUUGAGGGAGGCGAAAUCAUCUGUGGCAGCAACUCCAGUGCUGACGUCUACGGCGAGUAGCAGCAAAAAAUUUAGUACAGACAAAUAUGAAACACCGAUUCUAUCUAGUCAAGGGGAAGCUAUCAAGAAAACCAGUCUGCGGACACCUUUGAUGACUAUGGCGAGUAGCAGCAAAAAAUCUAGUGCAAGCAAACAUGCAACACCAAUUCUAUCUACUAAAGGGGGCGCUAUCAAGAAGACAAGUCUGUGGACACCUUUGAGUUCUGCCUUAUUUACGUCGAACGUAACACCAUCUUCAUGUUUAUAUAUGUCUCGAAACAGGUCACCAUAUAAGACAGGAUCAGAGCAACAUAAGGACUGGAUGAAUGAGCAGCUGGCAAAAGUUCUUAAUUUCCUACAAAAUCGUCACAACUGCCCUGAUUCCAUUAAACAGAUACUAAAACCCCCAAUUACAAUAGAAACGUUUGUGUUUGUUAUUAAUAUUCUCUUUAAAGAAAUUAAUCCUGCUAUAAAUGUGCAGAAUGUCAAUUACAAGACUGUCGUUGUGAACACCCUUAAAAUGCUUCAUUAUCCAGGAAAUAUAAAAAAUUCCUUACUACAGACAGUUAACACGAAACAUGCUUGGCACGAUGUAAUUUCUAUGUUUUCUUGGUUAGUUGAUCUUGUAAGUACAAUAAAUUCAGUGCCUGUACAACCAUCUGAAGACGAUGAUCUCAAGCGUAAGAAAAUUGAGUGUAUCACAGAUUUUCUUACUAUGAGGUACUUAUCGUACAACGGCACGGGUAACCGAGAAGAGAUAGAUCGAGAGUUUGGGGAAAAAUUUGCAAGAAUCUUAAAACUAGACCAAUAUGAAAUAAAUGACCUAAAAUUAAGGGUCUCCGAACUCAGAAAAAACGAGCAAAAAAAGUUAACGAAAUUAGAAAAUAAACAAGCCAAGAAUGAAAAUCUUCAACGAAAAAUAAACAAAAUGCAAGAUGAAAUCGACACUUACUACGAAAAUAAAAAGGAAAAAGAAGAUGAUACGAAGUACGCCAUUGAGGCACUGAAGGACCGACGCGAAAGACUGCAAGCAAUAUUUCUAACGAAAAGAGAAAAAGUGGCGCAACUUACGGCAGUAGUUAACAAACAACUGUACACAACUGCAGACAAAAAAAGAAUUGUUCAACAUAUAGAUGAACUGCAACAUACAAUAAGUCUAAAGAAAGAAUCCAUUAGGGUGAAAAAAACUUUAAAAGAUGAAUCAAACAUUAAAUUGGCUGAGGCGAAGAAGGAGUUGCUAACUCAAAUCUACCAUUUUAACAAUCGUGUAAUGAAAUUAGCGUCAAUUGAGCCCGUACUUAAACAACUCUACUUGAAAGAAAAAGAUUUUUGGUCUAACGAAUUUCAAAGCCUUUUAGGAUGUGGAAGAACUCUCAAAGAAUUAUGA